CCGGUGAGUUGCGAGCAUUUGAAAGAAAAGCGAGGAAGACGCCUCAAAACAAAUAUUAUGAGACAGGCAGCGGACUGUCAGGCGCCUUGAUCUAAUGGUGCUGGCGGAGAGCUUCUAGGUGUUCUUUUUUACCAUCAUGGAGGCUGCAGCGGACUUUCUAAGUGUAUUCCACGUCGAGGCCAGCGGAUUGUCUCUGGCACUCUUCGUCAUCUUUCUGGGUCUUCUGUACUGGUAUUCAAUUUACCCGUUUUCAGUUCUUUCUCGAUGUGGCAUCAAACAUCCGAAGCCGGUACCUUUCUUGGGCAACAUAUUCAUGUUUCGCCAGGGUUUUUUCGAGCCAGUCGCUGACCUCAUAAGAACACACGGCAGAAUUUGUGGGUACUAUUUAGGGCGCAGACCGGUGGUGGUGAUCGCAGACCCUGACAUGCUCAGACAAUUGUUGGUCAGAGACUUCAGCAGUUUCCAAAACAGAAUGUCUAUUCGCUUCGCCACAAAGCCCAUGACCGACUGUCUGCUCAUGUUGAGGAAUGAACGCUGGAAGAGAGUGCGGAGCAUCCUGACCCCGUCCUUCAGCGCUGCCAAGAUGAAAGAGAUGGUUCCGCUCAUCAACACAGCCAUCGAUGCCCUGAUGAACAACUUGAAUGUGUACGCCGAGUCAGGAGAGGCCUUUGACAUCCACAGAUGUUUUGGCUGCUUCACCAUGGACGUCAUCGCCAGCGUGGCAUUUGGAACUCAGAUGGACUCCCAGAAAAACCCGGACAACCCGUUUGUCCGCCACGCUCAGAUGUUCUUUUCCUUCAGUUUCUUCAGGCCCAUUAUGCUGUUUUUCAUUGCGUUUCCUUCCAUCAUGGCUCCUCUGGCGAGACUCAUCCCUAACAAACGACGGGAUGAGAUGAAUCAGUUCUUCACCGGCAUUAUUCAGAAGAUCAUCAAGCAGAGAGAGGAGCAGCCUCCGGAAGAGAGGCGUCGAGACUUCCUUCAGCUGAUGCUGGAUGCCCGAACCAGUAAAGAGUCUGUGUCUUUGGAACACUUUGACACAUUGAACCACACUGAUGAGCUCAGUCCCUGGAACCAGCAGGCGCAGCCAUCGGCCUCGGAUCAGGGCAGCGACAGUCGUCACCCACCAGGGUCACACAGCAGGGGCACUCAGAAAAAGAUGAUUACCGAGGAUGAGAUUGUGGGUCAGGCUUUCGUCUUCCUCCUGGCAGGCUACGAAACCAGCAGCAACACGCUGGCCUUCACCUGCUACCUCCUGGCAAUCCACCCUGAAUGUCAACGCAAAGUGCAGGACGAGGUGGAUGAGUUCUUUACUCGAUAUGAGUUCCCAGAUUACACAAAUGUUCAGGAGCUGAAGUAUUUGGACAUGGUCAUAUGUGAAGCAUUGCGCCUUUACCCUCCUGGAUUCAGGUUUGCACGAGACAUUGACCACGACUGUGUGGUGAACGGCCAAGUCCUCCCUAAAGGAGCGACACUGGAGAUCCCAGCGGGCUUCCUCCAUUACGACCCGGAGCAUUGGCCAGAGCCUGAGAGGUUCAUACCUGAGAGGUUCACACCAGAGGCCAAGGCCGGUCGACAUCCAUUUGUGUACCUGCCGUUCGGGGCCGGUCCCCGUAACUGUGUGGGCAUGAGGCUCGCUCAGCUGGAGAUCAAAAUGGCUUUAGUGUGUCUGUUUCACAAACACACCAUUGUGGCCUGCUCCGAGACAAAGGUUCCUCUCGAGUUGAAGUCAUCGACCACUUUAGGACCUAAAAAUGGCAUAUUCGUGAAAAUCACAAGAAGAGACGCAGAAGGUCAAUUCAAUUCGCCGCCAGAUGAUUAGAAAGUCACUAUUCAAUCUUCUUGAAUGGUAGAACUAUUCCAUGAAGUUACAAACCAUCCUGUAAGAUCAAGAUCAUUUAUGUUGUGUAAAAAAAUCAGGAAUGAAUAUAUCAUUAUGAAACUGGCAGGACAAAUGCAGCAUAUAGUACAUAUAAGUAGUGUAUACAUUGUAUUCAACGUGCAUGCAGGGUGUUCAUUGCUUCUCCGAUGCUUUUCAUUCGUCUACCUCGAGGUUGAAUUUUAACCAAUGCUUUGGGAGUGAUUCUUUUUAAUGAAGUUAAUGAAGCCCUGAUGUAAGAUUUUCUGAUGAUGAAUUCAAAUGUUACUGUGAAACAAUGUUUGUAGUUCAGUGACUAAAAGGAUGAAAUUUCAAUAAAGGAAGAGGAAUUCCUUGAAAACUCAAAUGCCA